AUAACUUGUUCUUCCAAGUAACAUUUAUACAUUGAUAUUAUUUUUGUGUUAAAAUGGAGGAACAGAAUGAUAAAUCUACAUUUCAACUAGAAUUUUUAGGUGAAUAUCAUGACAUAGUCAUUGAUUGGAAUGAUGGUAAAUAUAAAUACAAAGAAACACAAUUACUCGAACUGCUUGAACCGAUAACCGGAAUACCGAGACAAUAUAACAUUGGCAUUCGACUGUAUAAUAACCGAAAUGAAGGUUUUGCAUAUCAUUACACUACAAAAAAUGCGAGCCGUUCAGAUGCCCAUAACUCCGUAGUUUCCGCAGCCACCUGUGAUUACAUUAGAAAUUCUGAAGGACGUUUUCAUCUCACUUAUUGGGCUGAUUUCAAUCCUGGGUUUAAUCAGACUUAUAUUUUUUAUACCCUAGUACCUAAAAGUUUAGUUCCAGAAGGAGAAUGCUGCAUUCAUUCUUGUCGACAUAAAAAUACUAAAACCUUCUUCAACAAGAUAAAGGAUAUAAUCAAUAACGAUCAAUUGAAUGUAAAAAUUGCGUCUCUUCUCACGCCUAAUGUCGGAUACCUAACGCAUAAAAGGGAAGUGACAGAGAUUUUUAAAAAAUUCAAUGUUAUACAAUAUUUCAAAUCUCUUUGUACUGUUCAAUAUAGGCAAUAUGACUUUGAUUCAAAAGCAGUUAGAAUUGAGUUUGGUGAGACGAAACUUUAUUUGAGAACUCGCGGCUAA